AUGGCGAGUAGAUCUGCAGCUUACAUCUUCAGCCAGAGUGAUGAAUCCGAUCAGAUGGCCGUAGGGCACCUCCAGCAAGACAGGCCAGACAAAACAUAUGACGCUGCUUGGGAGAAUGCAGAUCUCAGCAUGAAUUGCAGGAUACCCAGUGGGUUUAGAAGGGAGCACUUGCUAGCAGUCUACGCCUACACUGCACAUUACCCUCCUGGCCACAAGUUCUACAUAACAUUCAAUGAAGCAGUUAGGUAGGGCGGAGCCACUAAUGAAAUUUACGCAGAAAGCUUCAAGUUCAAAAGCUUUCACUACCUGCUGACCAUCGCCCUGCAGAAUCUAAAACAUGAUUCCCAAAGUUCAGUGGAAGUGGCUUACAGAGGGAUCAGAAUGCCGGCUGAGGGCACAGAAGGGCCCGAGAUGCGGUUUGGCUACUUUGCUUCCUCUUCUUCCGUUGAUAAAGGUUUCGCGCUUGACUUCAUUGAUGAAGCAGCAAAGAGUAACACCUUGUUCGAGACACGCUCCCUGCACGGCGCCCGAAUCCAAAACUGCUCAUGCUUUGAUGAGGAGGAAGAGGUUCUGAUUCCACCUUAUGAGGUAUUUCGAGUAGGAGAGAUCUGUCCCUACGGAAAUAAGGCAAUAACAUUUGUCUCACGGUGCAGAGAAAGCAAGGAGGCCCGGUAA